AUUGUUUAACAUUUGAUAAUAAUUAUGUCUCUCUUAUUGUUUGAUUAGCCCUUAAUCUGUACUGUAUCAGAUUUAUUUUUAACUUAUCAGUUCAACACGCGAGUUUUGAGUAUAUUUGUUAUCUAUUAUAUCACGUCCGCUAAAUCACAUCAACUAGCUAUUGGUACGGUUUUGGGAAAGGCCAAGGUGAUACUACUGGAUAUUAACUUUUUGCACCAUCUUUCUGUACGGGUAUGUAGAUGUGUUAUAUUGUGUUUCAAGUGUGUACAAACGUUUUGUUUUUUAUUAUUUCAACGUUGUUUCGGUAUAACUCUUACGUGUACAUAUCGUUAAUAUAACGAGGAAGUUUAUUUGUUAAUUUUUACCGCUGUGAACUGUAAAUUAAAAGAAAAAAGAAAUGGACAAACCGCAAAAUGAGCAACAAGACUAACACUACACCGGUUACGUAUGAAGAUCCGGUGUUGUAUAUUUCCGUGAUCAGUAGUAGUCUUUCUAUAUUAGGAUCGUUUGCUAUAUUUGGAUCAUAUUUUCUGAUACCGGAAAUAAGAAAUUCUACACGGAAGCUUGUCACGUGCCUUACUGUUGCAGACUUCAUAUCAGCAGUCGGGUACCUCGUAUCGGGUAUAGCGCACUUUGCAAAUGUUCAGGACAGUGUGUGCACUAUUCAAAGCGGCAUUACAACAUACUCUAGCAUUGUUUCCUUUUAUCUUACCGUUGCCAUAGCAAUUCAUAUAUUUGUCGCCGUGGUAUACAGAAAUGAUAGCACGUCAUCGUUGCAGUAUUUCAUAUGCGCUAAUGCAGUCAGUUGGGUUUGUCCAGGUAUUAUAACAGUGGUUGCUAUGACAAAACACGUGCUUGGAAGAGACGGUCACUCAAGCGUCAACACGGGUCCUUGGUGCUGGAUAUCACAUGCAAAACAUGACUACGUCUUCUGGGUAUUUAUGGCGGGAAAGGGAUGGGAGUUUUUAUGUUACCUGAUAACAACAUCUCUUUAUGUCCUGUCGCAAUUUUACAGGUUCUUAAAAUACAGACGGUGGACAUUAAGGGAAAUACAUGAAAAUUUACGUGUUGAAGACAAAAAUUACCUUUAUGUGUGGUUUUUGCUUUAUAUACUCCGAAUGUGGGGAUCAAUACGCUCCAUGUUGAAUCUAGGUCACGUGGAUUCAGAGACGCCCGGAUCAAUGAUCUCACAUGUAUUUAUGUACCUGCAAGCGUUUGGGGAUCCUGGUCAGGCGUUUUGUAAUGCUGUACUUUUUUGUUUGCUUGAUGAGACAGUGAGAGUAUAUAUUGUUGAAAUGCUACAGAAAUGUUGCAGAAAUCCACGAAAUCUUAGUACUAACGGGGAGCGAGAUAGACUAGUUCCAGCUCUUGGAAACAACAAUUCUGCAAACCACAGCUACAUUGCAGCAGACGAAAUACCGGAUAUGUCUUCCAGACGAUAUAAGUCUACAAACUCUUCUAGAUCAUUUGGCAAGUACUCCAGCAUAAGCUCCGACAAAAAUCACAUUUUUUCUCUGGAGCAUUCAGCUCAAGUUAUAUAACAUGAAUUCAUUGCAUACUGUUUACUAACAUGCUUUCUGACAAGAACCGUGACCUGUAUGAUUUAGAUGUAAUGUUGAUAUGUGAAAACAAUCAGUGCAAUAACAUUUCUGGUCCGAAAGAUGAUUUCUUAGUUGAUAUGAUAUGUUAUUUGUAUUGUUUAUUUCUAUGUGAACUCUUGUUGCUAGAUAUGUUUUGGACUAAGACACGCAGUUAACAUGACCUCAAUAUGCAAACAUGAAAUCCUAAAAUGUAUGCUUAAAUACAGU